CGACAGCUGAACCCCCAACUCGAAAUGUCUGGCAUUCUAGUAAUUGACGGGGAACAUGCAGAGGACUUGCAGCCUGAACUAUCACUUCAGAAGCAGCAGCAGAUUAACGCAGCCAACACGAGUGCCCGAUCAGAAUGCCUCAGCUUUAGCACUCUGAUGUACAAAAAACUUCCCAAAGAACUGCGAGACAUGGUGUAUAGCUACCUCUGCCUCGAAGAUCGACAGAUCCCAAUUGGCCCAUACUACCAUUUUCGAAAAUACGAGUCACUCAAAAAGGACGCUGUCCUGCGUUCUGAGAAUCGGUAUUUCCCGAGGCAUGGAGACUUCCAAACUGUACUUCCAGAUGGGAGGAUCAGGACUGACCACGACGUAUACCCGCAAGACGAUUUUGUCAUGCCCGAGAACCAUAUCUUCAACCCAAGCUAUAUGGGUGAAGAAGUCGUGCUUGAGACAUUGGAAAAGUACUAUGAGAGCAACAGCUUUUCCGUCUGCAACGUGGAAGGCGGUAUGGACAAUCUGUGCACAAUCGUAACGUUAGGUCCUCAAGACUCAGCCGUUGAUUUUGUGCCGAUUGACCACAUUUGCGAUCUGCAGAUACGCGUCAAAUGUGAGCACUUCAACAAAGAAGCCAGCUCUUUGGAAUCCAAUCCGGGCAUUCGGCUCAGAGAGUUUGCUGAAAAGGAACUUUUCCUACGACACACGGUGGAUUCUCUGCGCAAGUUUCGGUCCAGGAUACAGACAUCAACCUCACAUAAGCUGAACAUUGAGGUCGUCCUCAUAUCAGAUCUGAAGAGAGAUCACGGGCAUUCCAGUACCUUCGUGAAGGUUCAUAUUACGAACUUUCUACAAUCGGUCCGGAACAUGAUCUACGAGCUGAUGCAUGACCGGAGGUGCACCACAGUCCGAGUCACGCAUCAAGACGACGGCCUCAUGGCAUUCCCCAAGAACUACACCGGGCUGUUCAGCCUGACGAAGGAACAAUGGGACUAUGAGAAAUCCAGACAACAGCCCAACCACGACUGGACCCACGACUUCUGGAUCCUCCCCAUUUCAAGCUCGGACCUACCCACGUCAGAUUUGCUGAAGCUUGGAGGAUACUGUAUCGACACCCUAAACACUUUCCUCAUCUCGCGAUGGGGCAUCAAUGACAUUCUCCGCGAGACCAGCAGUAUAACAUCCGUCAUUGAGGGCCCAUAUUGGCCCAUCGGAAGUCCAUACAGCCCUGAAUUCGCGUAACAGCUGACUGACAGGUCGGCACAGGAGGGCCCAAAAGACACCGACAGCGAGCCCAUUCCAAGCCUUGGGAUCAAUGAGCUCAGCGGGCCACCGGACGCUUUAUUGCAAAGUCUUCUUCGUGAACAGGCAGCUCUCAAGGUGAAGCUUCUUCAUCUCGAUGAUUGAAUGGAGUAACGCUAGACAACAUAUGGACCUGUGGCGCUGUAGCAUCUAGAGUCUGCGUCCCACGCAUACUCCGCUUUCGCAUGUACCUCGAGUGGUGUACUACUGUGCUACACUUUGGCACACAUCCAUAGAGAGCCACGGAUAAUCAGGAUGCGAUUAUCACGACAUCCC